AUGGAGAAUCUGCGUGGCGACACCGAGUACCAUCUCGCCCACGAGUUGGUGUCUGCCGCCGGCCUCAUGCAACUCGGCUCGGCCACGGCCACAGCACAUGCAGCGGACACUGUCGGUACUACUCCUGACGCAAGUGACCGCACGCGCGCUGUCGAUCACAACGACAGUCACACGAGCACCACCAGUGCUGUAUCCGCGACGGGUAAUGCGCCGCUGCCUCUGGGCUGGCAUCGCAUCGCUCACGGCUCUGGUCUGCCCUGCUAUGUGCACGACCGAACGGGCGCUGUCUCCUGGACGAGACCGUACACUCUCGACGUCGGCGGCCGCGGCGUGUUGUCCCAGUCGGAACUCCAUCGCCUCGUUCAGCAGCACGUACCCCCGUUGGGUCUCUUUGCUCCAGCGUCAGCCGUUGCAGCGCCGAGGCAGACAAAAAUGAGCGUGGCAGCGUAUUCCGCUGCGUCGUCGAUUGUGACCCACGACGAAGGAACUGCGCACCAGUCAAAAAAGCGCAAGUUGGACGCAGCGAUUACCGAACAGAACGGAAGUGACACGCAAUCGUCGAUGACUCUGGACGAGUUCAAGCUGCUGUCUAUCGAUGAUCCCCGUGUUCUUCAGGCGUGCUUGGAGCUCUCGGUAAAGACGCCGGCACAAGUUCUGCAGGAGUAUCAAAAUCGCAACCGUGGCGUAUCGAUUAAUUAUAACGCGGUGCCAGUCGAAGACAAUGGCGUGAAGCUUUUCAAGACAAUCGUGAGUGCUGGCGGCAAGGUUGCAGAGGGUGUUGCUUCGACGAAGAAGACCUCGAAGCAACUAGGAGCACAGCAACUGCUAGCGAUUCUACAUGAACGCACGGCUCGGAGAUAUCACCAAGUAGCGGAGAUGUACAAAAGCUCGCUUAAAGGCCAGCCAGCGGUCACCGAGCCUUCGACGUACGGACAGGCGACAAGCAGCGAACAGAAAAGCGGACGUCGCAAUGGGGAUCCACGUUAUCGACCGGGCAAUGGCACAUCAAAUCUGGUGCAAUAUGCUCGCCGACCAUCACCCAAUCAGGAGAAUGCUGCCAACGGUGUUAACCGUAACUUUGAAAUGAUUCGACGAGGAACUGUGCCUUCGCACUGUGGACCGAGCGAUCAACAGGUGGUGCAGCACGCACGUUACCAAGGUGGUCUGACGGUUGGUGGAGGUUGGCAAGAGGACGCUGGAGUGGACGACGCUGGUCCUGAACGGGUGGUGGUGUACUUGACAACUCCAGCUGAGUCAGCGAGAACGUAUGGUGACGGACAGCACUACCGCAAUGUACAGGAUGAUGCACACGCUUCGGGUAGCUAUCCGAGUACCAGCCACUUUUCCCAUCCAAACGUACCGGGAGUUUACGCUCAGCAAUACGGCAGCAGCUAUAGGGAUGUCCAGUCAUUGGCUGGAAACCGAUCAUGCGGCAGUGUUCGUACGCUUGACCACUCGAAUCCUUCCAUCGACCGCGCGGCCGUCAAUCUGCGUACCCAACGUCACACCAGUCCAAGCGAGAUGUAA